UGAAUCUCAGCCCUGCUUCAAUUCUAUCUCGCUCUCUUCAUCUGUCUGCAUCUUGCUUGUUUUAAAAUUAGAUCCCGCACAAUAUAAGAGUAUAUUUACCCUCAGCCUAUUCCUAUACAGCUUGACCGGCCCGAUCCACCCUCCUUCCUACCUUUCGUAUCGUCAGCCUACACGCUAUCGCCCCCUCCUCAGCCCACAAGAUGAAGCCCGUCGUAUCUUUGUUGAACGCUUGGUCCUGCGUGGUCAUCUCUCUCUUCGCCAUCGUCAUUCUCUCAGUCCUCGGAUCGCUAUUCCAAAGAGAACACCACAGCUUCACCGGUGGUGAAGAAGAGCCCGAGAAUGGCGCCGCAGUCGCUGCCUCCAUCUACACCGCUGUCCUUGUAUACGUCGCCUUCUUCGUUUUCUGCGCCUUCCAGGCCUACCUGCACACGAGAAGCCGCAGGGGCGGCGCCAUCUCUUUGAGCUAAAUCCACAACACACACCCGGUUUUUCCGAAAUCCUCCCCUGCUCUUAUGUCUUCCACAAACCUUAUUCCCGCCCUAUACUACGCACCGUGUUUUAUAUCCUUAUCUUGAAAUGAACGUCGUUUACAACUGCGUGUGGGCUUGCUUUGUCGGGUUCGCGGAUCCGGGGGAUCAUGGUUCUUUGCUGAUUUAGGCGCUGGCUGCUGCAUCGUUCGAUCCCCUUUUCAAAGAAGUUGCGUGCCUGUGUGUCAUCUUCCUCUCCGGGGGUUAGAAGAUUGAAUCACGAGCUGCCUUGCUAUACAGGCCGCAUUAGGGGAUUUUAUUUGGUUGGCAUCUGGUCCUCGGCGGCGGGGGAAGGGCACCUGAACCGCCGCUAUCCGCUUCUUCCUCGAGCGAAGUGCCCGAUCCUCUUUUCACUCCCAUUUUUGGUGAUAUUGUUCGCUUGUUUAUUC